GCUCUGAUGACAGCCUGAAAGCAGCACUGACCUCAACCUGAGAUUCUUUCAGCAAAGGGACAUUCUCUGCCACUUCUACAAGUGCCCAGAAAUAGACAGAGGAGGUGUUUCCAGCCAUGCAGCACUACGGAGUGAAUGGUUACUCUCUGCACGCCAUGAAUUCGCUGAGUGCCAUGUACAAUCUCCACCAACAAGCAGCACAACAGGCACAGCAAGCCCCUGACUACAGACCUUCGGUUCAUGCGCUUACGCUGGCAGAGAGACUGGCUGACAUCAUUUUGGAAGCUCGUUACGGAUCCCAGCAUCGUAAACAGAGAAGAAGCCGCACUGCGUUCACGGCGCAACAGUUGGAAGCGCUAGAGAAGACUUUCCAGAAAACUCACUAUCCUGAUGUGGUGAUGAGGGAGAGGCUGGCCAUGUGUACCAACCUUCCAGAAGCCAGAGUGCAGGUUUGGUUUAAGAACAGAAGAGCCAAGUUCCGCAAGAAGCAGAGAAGCCUUCAGAAAGAGCAGCUUCAGAAACAAAAGGAGUCAGAAGUGAGCAGUAACAGCGAAGGCAAGAGUGACUCCGCACCUGUAGAGCCCGCAAGUCCGAGCCAUGACUCCAAGAAACCCCACAGCUCGGUGGGCGAUACUAGCAUUGAGCUGAACUUGACCCUCUCCGAACAAUCUGCGGGUGAAUCGGCAGCGGAAGAACAGACCGAUAAAGAGGAGGAACCCAAAACACCACAGGGAGAGCCAAAGGCAGCGAAAACUCCAACUCCGGACAACAGGAUCCUAAAUUGCAAAAGAACAAGUCCAAAAACAGAAUCUCCAGCUAGCACCACAAUGACUCCUUCAUCCAGCAGUUGUCUCACCCCAACUCAUUCAUAUUCCUCGUCCCCGCUCAGCCUCUUCCGUCUGCAGGAACAAUUCCGUCAGCAUAUGGCUGCCACCAACAACUUGGUCCAUUACUCAUCCUUUGACAUGGCCAGUCCUCCAGCGGUACCGUACCUAGGCAUGAACGUGGGCAUGGCUCCACUGAGUUCUCUACAUUGUCAAUCUUAUUACCAGUCCUUGUCUCAUGCGCAACAGGUCUGGUCUUCUCCUCUCCUGCAGACAUCAGGUGGCCUCCCAAGCUUAAACAGCAAAACAACAAGUAUUGAGAACUUGAGGCUCAGGGCAAAGCAACAUGCAGCUUCCUUGGGACUUGACACAUUACCGAACUGACUGCAAAACUCAACCAUGGACAAGAAGACGCUACCUUUAAAUCAGUGGUUAUCAAAAGUAUUUUCUGGAGAUCAUAAUUAUACAUUAGUAGGGACCUAAAGGUACAAAGUUGUUGAAAACACCGGUACCUAUAAAGAAUGGUUUUAGAUUUAUCAAGGUAAUGCGGGAGGAAUUCUGGACAGUGAUUUUCCAAUAUUUAUCAAAGACAGGAAUUCCAUACAAGUAAAAGGAAUCAUUUGUCUCCAGAUCUUCAUACAUUUGCCUUGAUAAAUAACUUUCAUAGAUAGAAUCCUCUGCGAACACACACCACGAUUCCGGCCAACAUAAAGGAAAAUAAAGAGGGAGCUGAGAAACAAGUCUAAAACUAUUUCUUACAUUCUACU